UGUGAUACGCUCGUAGUGCUAAGUUAGUGUGACAAUGAAUGUCGAAGAGUUUCGAACACGAGGCAAAGAAAUGGUCGAUUAUAUUUGCCAAUAUUUGGAAAAUAUCGAGUCGCAGAGGGUCCAUCCGGACGUCGAAACGGGAUACUUGAGGAAACUUUUGCCCAGCGAAGCGCCAGAACAGCCUGAAGAAUGGGACAAUAUUAUGUACGACGUCGAUAAGAAAAUUAUGCCUGGGAUAACCCACUGGCAGCACCCCCGAUUCCAUGCGUAUUUUCCCUCGGGAAACUCCUUCCCGUCUAUCCUGGGGGACAUGCUGUCGGACGCCAUAGGCUGCAUCGGCUUUUCAUGGGCCGCUAGUCCUGCUUGCACAGAACUCGAAACCAUCGUCAUGGACUGGUUUGGCAAAGCUAUCGGCCUACCCUCCGACUUCAUUACCUCUUCGGAGGGCAGCACCGGCGGCGGCGUCAUCCAGACCUCCGCCAGCGAGUGCGUCCUCGUCUCGAUGCUCGCAGCCCGCAACCAAGCCAUCAAAUACCUCAAAACGGAAAACCCCCAAAUGGAAGACAGCGCUUUCCUCCCGAAACUAGUGGGCUACUGCUCCAAAGAGGCGCAUUCCUGCGUGGAAAAAGCAGCAAAAAUACUCCUAGUCAAGUUGCGAAUCCUGGACCCCGACGAGAACGGAAGCCUCCGUGGAGACAAACUCCGGGAAGAAAUGGAGAAAGACAAGGAAAAAGGACUCUUCCCCUUUUUUGUUUCGGCCAUUUUGGGCUCAACUGCGUCCUGUUCUUUUGACAAUUUGGAGGAAAUCGGGCCGGUGUGUAAGGCCCAAAAGAGGUGUUGGUUGCACGUGGACGCCGCCUACGCCGGAAAUGGGUUCAUUUGCCCGGAAUUAAAAUAUCUACUUAAGGGGAUUGACUAUGCUGAUAGUUUUAAUACGAAUCCAAAUAAGUGGCUUUUGGUUAAUUUUGACUGUUCUUGUUUGUGGGUUAGGGAUCGAAUAAGACUCACGCAUGCCCUUGUGGUGGACCCCUUGUACCUCCAACACGCCAACGCUGAUGAGUCCAUCGACUACAGACACUGGGGGAUCCCCCUAAGUCGCCGUUUCCGCUCGCUGAAGCUAUGGUUUGUUAUCCGAAAAUACGGUUUAAACGGCCUCCGGGCAUACAUCCGGAAUCACAUCAAACUCGCCAAAUAUUUCGAACAGUUGGUCCUUCAAGACACUCGAUUUGAGGUCGUGAAUGAUGUCAGGUUAGGCCUUGUGUGUUUCCGGUUAAUGGCGUGCGACGCCGCCAACCAGAAGUUACUAGCAGUGAUAAAUGCGUCUGGAAAAAUUCACAUGACACCCUCUGUGGUCAAAAACAAGUAUAUUAUCCGGUUUUGUGUGGAUGCUGAACAUGCCAAAGAGCAAGACAUUGACUAUGCAUGGGAGCUGAUUAAAGAAUUUGCUGCUGAAACUCUGGCGACUGGGGCAAAAGAAAGGCCGCCUCUCACGAGACAAAAAUCAAAACGGUUUUCUUUCACCAGGAGUAUUUCAAAGGAAAUGUACCAGAGGACUUUGAGCCGGUCGAAUUUGUGCGACGGGGCCACUCCGAUUCUUGUGGCCGAUUCAGAUGAGGAGGACACGUUGGUUGAGGAUACGACGAUGUUGCCAGAUGAAGAAGAUGACGUGUUUACGAAGGAGUUUGUCGAUGCCUUUAGGAUAAAUGAUAAAGAGAUUAAGUACAAUGGAGUUAGUUAGAGUGAGAUAAUUGGAUUUGUAGACACAGCAGUAUUAUUUUUAGUAAUAUUCUUAAGUUAUUUUGUUCAUUCACAUAUCAUUAGAAAUAAGAACGUUUAUAUGUGUAUAAUACUCGCUCAGAAUACUCAUGCUAUGCUCAUUAAGCAGCAUCAUUGUUGUUAAAGAAUUUUUUCUAUUCAUUUAUAAUUCAGAUACGUAAUAAAUAAUUAAGACACUAA